CCCCGGUUUCCUCUUUUACACUCACUCUGGGGAUCCCCGCAAAGGCCAUUGUUGUAAAAGCAUAAGAGCACUGGUCAGACGACCACGCGAGGGGACUUUUAUUGCUUUCAACAAUCAUACGCGUCGCAGUAUCGGAAAAUAACAUUAAUAUACUGGUGGCCCUUGCACGCAAAUCAACAAUCAGAGCUGGAGCACGUCCCUGAAGGUUAUUACCGGGUUCUGUACACAACAACCACCGUUGUAGAACCUCUCGGACUGGACACCCCGGAUCCUUCUCAUUGGAGAUAGUCGUGCCAGAGCAAGGUGUUUUCACCAUCAUGGCUGAAAAGGAGGUCGAAGCCCACAGUGGUCAGUCUUCCACGGGUCCAAUGGCAAACCCACUCCAUUUCCCGGAGAAGGAUCGCCUCCCUCACGAUAGGGUCAUGGACGACAUGGUCCUCAAUGCCUCCAGGGCCACCGAAAAGGAGCACAAGAUGAGCUUGUGGCAGGGCAUCAAGCUGUAUCCCAAGGCAGUCGCGUGGAGUAUCCUCAUCUCGACCUGUAUCUGUAUGGAAGGCUACGAUGUUUGUUUACUAAGCAACUUUUACGCGUUUCCCCAGUUCCAGAGAAAAUACGGCGAACAGCUCUCCGAUGGUAGCUGGCAAAUCCCUGCGCGAUGGCAAUCCGGACUCAGCAAUGGUGCAAAUGUGGGUGAGAUUAUUGGUCUCUUCAUCAAUGGUUACGUCUCCGAACGCUUCGGAUACCGAUACACCGUCAUGACGUGCUUGCUGUUGAUCGUGGUCUAUACGGCAGUUUUCUUCACUGCGCAGAGCUUGGUUGCCAUUCAAGUCGCCGAGAUUCUUUGUGGUAUCCCGUGGGGAAUUUUCCAGACUUUGACCAUCACCUACGCCAGUGAAGUUUGUCCAGUUGCUCUCAGAGGCUAUCUGACCACAUACGUCAACUUUUGCUGGGGUCUAGGCCAAGUCAUUGGUAUCGGCGUCAUCAAAUCCAUGCUACCCAGAAACGAUCAGUGGUCAUACCGCAUCCCAUAUGCCCUUCAAUGGAUGUGGCCAGUUCCGCUCCUCAUUGGCAUCUUCUUCGCCCCGGAGUCGCCAUGGUGGCUAGUCCGAAGGGGCCGGCUCGACGACGCGAAAAGAUCCCUCCUGCGCCUGACCUCGCUCAACCGCGAGACAGACUUUGACGCCGAUGAGACAAUCGCCAUGAUGGUGCAUACGACAGCACUCGAGGAGAAAAUCACCACGGGUGCCUCGUACCUCGAUUGCUUCAAAGGCACGGAUCUUCGCCGCACUGAGAUUGUCUGCAUGGUAUGGGCCAUCCAAAAUCUAUCUGGCAAUUCGUUCUCUGGAUACUCGACUUAUUUCCUCGAACAAGCCGGCCUGGACCCAGCCAAAGCGUAUGACUUUGCAUUGGGCCAAUACGGCAUCAACAUGGUCGGCGUAUUCGGCGCUUGGUUUCUGAUGACAUGCGGAAUUGGCCGGCGUGCUCUCUAUAUAUACGGGCUGUGUGGUCUAUUCUCGAUGCUCCUGAUCCUUGGCUUCCUUGGAUUGGUCCCGGAAGCUCACAAGAAAGAAGCCUCUCUGGCUACCGGGUCAAUCAUGUUGGUCUGGGCAAUGUGCUACCAGCUCUCCGUCGGAACGGUCUGUUACUCUCUCGUUGCCGAACUUUCCACACGUCGCCUACAAAUCAAGACCGUCGUGCUCGGCCGCAAUUGUUACAACAUCGUCGGUAUCAUCUGCUCGGUAUUGACGCCCUACAUGCUCAAUCCGGGAGAGUGGAAUUGGGGCAACUACGCCGGCUUCUUCUGGGCGGGCAUUUGCUUCUUUUGUAUCAUCUACACUUAUUUCCGCGUGCCCGAACCGGCAGGCCGCACGUUCGCUGAGCUAGAUCUGCUCUUUGAACGAGGAGUGAGUGCGAGAGAUUUCGCCAGCACUAAGGUCGAUGUCUUUGAUGCGAUUACUGUACAGGAGACCGUGGAGGGGACUGGAACAUUGAGAGAGUAUCAGAAGAAUCGUGGGACCAUCCUGCAUGAUGAGGAGGGUGUCUUGCCUCGGCCAAUCGUUCACUGAGUGUCGAAAACAUCGACAGACCUUCGCUACUGAAGGAGGACUAAACGCGACAACGGCAAUGACGAAUUAUGAUGUGCAUGGACCAAAAUGUAUGAAGGCGCAUCUCGGUCAAGACACAGCCCCGUUCUUGGAAAAAUGUAGGGGAACACAGCCAAGGCGCCCAAAUUGGACUUCGACCACGUUUGGAUUCACGAAAAUCAAGUGUCGAUCGUGCUACACCGCUCGAGACCUUCGAAGCUCAGGACAGUCCGCCCGCUUGAGAAGACCGUGCACUAC